UCAAAAUGGCCCAAAGUUCAGCUGAGCCACUAUCGGAUAACACAAACAUAUACUACCUAGAUCCAACGAGGCGCAACUACAUUUUUAUCUACCCUCAGUAUUUGAACAGCAAAAGAACGUGCAAACAGGGUAGAAAAACAUGCAAGAAUUUCUCAGUGGAUAACCCUACUGCGCAAGAAAUUCGGGAUAUUUGUCUCGAAUUUGGCUUUGAAGCCAGACUAGAACCGAAAAAGAGGUACCCACAAGACCCGGACUGUGAUCCAAACCACAUAGGAAGAGUAAGGGUGAAACUAAAAAACGAAGAUGGUUCAUUUUGUAAGGCAGAAUAUGACACGAAAAUGAAGAUUCUAAAUCUCUGUGGGCAGUCAAUUCCGAAGCUGAAAAGUAGAACGCAGAAGCCGUCUGGGGGCGGGGGAGGUGCGGCUGCUGCGUCAGCUAAUCAGAAUCAAGAUCAAGCUAGUAGUGCCAAUACGAAGGAGAAGGGCAAGAAGAAAGGAAAUCGUAAGCGAUAGAAUUUAAAAGAAACGCUCGAAAUAUUGACGGGAAUCCUAAAUACUGAUAUCAAUCGCGAUCUCCAAAUUGUUUAAUACUAAAGUGCUAUAAAUUAUGUCUUUUAUCUUCUGCUGUGUUUGGUUUACUGGCCUUCGUAUCGGUUUUUGUUUCGUCCUAUUAUGAAAUGAACAAUGUAUAAUUUAAUUAAAUUUGAUCAGGUCUUUUAA